UCCACCGCCGUCGCAAUCCGUCGUCACACCACGUUCUCGGCAUCCACCACCGCCUCCACCGAUGGCCUGAUCCGGUUUUCGUCCCGCUCCUCGGCUUCUCGAUGCCCCAACGUCGCCUCUCACCUCCGACCUCUUCCAGCGCCCUCCCCGUUCCCGUACGGCCUCCUCCAACGACCUCACUAACUAGGCCACCCUGGUUACUGUCGAUGGGAACUAUAGCGAGCGCCCACGGCGUUGGCGCUGACGAGGAGGUCUCGAGAAUACGGAGAUGUGGCCUGACCGCUCGAGCUUGCUUCUGCUUUUCCAGGAACCACCAGCGUAAGUCUUCACCUAUGGUUUGAUUGUAUAUUUUUAGUUAUAUACAAAUUUUGCAAAUCUUUGUGAAUCAUCCCCUCUCGCGAGCACCUCGAUGUUGUCUCGCAGGUCCAACGCCUUCAUAGCCUCCGGCCACCUGCAGCAACCCCAGGGUUGGCGUUGUGUCCCAGGCUGCGGGACAGCCCUGCUCCGGCAGCCUCGCCUAGCAGCUCUGGCACACGUGCAGGACGCGUCCCUGCCGUUCCCGUGCGACCAUGAAGUUGUGGAGGAUGCCCCCUUCCAUUGUGGAGAUGGUUUCUAUUGCGCUAGAGGGAGUUUCAUUUGUCGCCGAAAAAUUCUCAAUCCUUUAGUACAACUGCGGCUCUCUUCAAUCAUCCAUUAUUCAGUGUAUGAGAUCUUGGGUGAGUGCUACUAUGAUAGAAGAUGCGUAAAUAAUGUUUUAGUAAUGGAUGUUGGUUGCCUUUGUGAGAAGCUCUCAGGCUGUGUACAAGGAAACAGUAUGGUCGUAUCCCUUGGUGGUUAUCCUUGCAGGCAUGAGCACGGGGACAAAAACUAAUUGCAGGCCAGGGAGGUUAGUAUAAGGCAAGCUGUUUAAAUUUCCAUGAUGCAACACCCAUCAAGUAUUCAGUUGGGAUUUCAAAACCGGGAUAACUAAAUACUGGGAGAUGAUAGACAAUUUUCCAGGUAACUCUUGUGAUUUUUGAAUGUAGGACCUGAAUAGUUGAUGUGUGUAGCAGAAGAAUGCAGAGCGACUAAUUAUUUGAGAUAAUUUUUUAACCUCAGAUAGGAUAA